AUGCUAGGGUUUGGCCUCUUAGCUCUGCUUCCUUUUGCUGCCGGAACGGUGCUCCCGCGGCAAACAGCAUGCAAUAACUCACCAGAUUUAUGCUCGAAAUCUUACGGCGAGAUCACUCAUCUGGGUGCACAUGACAGUCCUUUUGUACGGGAUGCGUCGACUGGCUAUUCGACGUCGGGGAAUCAGUAUUUCAAUACUACGGUGCAGCUCGACGCUGGCGUUCGCUUGAUCUCGGGCCAGGUCCAUAAAAAAGAUAGCGAAUGGCAUUUAUGUCAUUCGAGUUGUGAGUUGCUGGACGCAGGGAAGCUGAGCACAUGGUUGUCCGAAAUCAAAAGCUGGUUGGAUUCCAACAAGAACGACGUGGUAACGCUGUUACUGGUCAACUCUGACGACGCUUCUGCCUCUGAUCUCCAUUCGCAAUUCCAAACUGCCGGCCUCGUCGACUACGCAUACAAACCCACCUCCCAGACCUCCGCGCCGAGCUCGUGGCCAACGUUACAAAGUCUUAUCGACGAUGGAACUCGAUUAAUGACAUUUGUGGCAUCCUUGGAUGCAUCCAAGAAUACCGUGGCCCCAUACCUUAUGGACGAGUUCACCUACAUUUGGGAGAACCCUUACGACGUAACGAACCCCUCCAACUUCUCCUGCAACCCCGACCGUCCAUCCAGCCUCCAGAACGACCUGUCGUCCGCGCUCUCGUCGAAUCGUUUACCCUUCAUGAACCACUUCCUCUACCAGACCGUUCUCACCCUGGAGUACCCCAACUCCAGCUACGUGUCGACCACUAACGCGCCGUCCGGCGGAACCGGGAACCUGGGCGACGCAGCCACCAAGUGCAAGCAAGCCUACGGCCGCCAACCAGCCUUCAUCCUGGUUGAUUUCUUCGACAAGGGCCCCGCCAUCAAGACCGUGGACAGCCUGAACGGCGUCACCAAUGCCGUGGGCCGGACCAACCUAACGGCCGCCACCCAGACCAGCGGUGCCUCGACCUACUCUAACGUCUUCAAGGGACUGGUUGAACUGGUGCAGAGCGCCAAACUGGGCUCCAACCCCAGCAUGGGCGAAUGGGUCUGGGUGGGAGGCGAUUGGGGCAGCCUACUCGGCGGCGGCAUCACGCUCUAAGCGGAAGAGAUGCUUCCGACAUCCGUCCAUCUCGUUUCUUCAUUCCCCAUUUUUUCACCAUGUUAAAGUGUUUAAUUGGCGACGGACACGCUUGAAAUCAGCGCUGUUGCUUUUCGAGGCUGAAAUAUUUACGGAUUAGCCUCGCUGUCGAUAUUAUUGAGAGAAGUCACAUGUACACGGUAACACAGGAAAUCGGCGUUUUGGGUGAGCCAUGACUUGACUUUGAAUAUAGAUGAGCCUUCUUUGUGUUGUCCAUAUAUCCCCACCAUCUUCAUACCAUACC